ACACCAUAAAAAUUAGGGUUUGGUAUUUUCCACGAUGAUCCCACAGGCUGAUGAUGUGGAAAGCUUAAGCAUGGUGGGUAGAUCAAGGGAAGAGCGAUUGGAGAUGUUUAUGAGCACUUUCAACGAUGAGUUUAAAGCUUGCUGGGAUUCUGACGAUGCCGGGGUUGAUCCUCAUACAGGGCGUCGGCCUAUGAAGUUUCGUGAUUUUGCAAGUCACCAGCUUGAUAUGAUAGAAACCGAUGGUUUUGAUAUGCAAGACUAUUCAGAAUUUGUUGUUCCCGGGACUCUAGUUCGGCUUUAUGACCCACCAAAAAUCCUAGCGAAUGCAAAAUGUGUAACUAAACUCCAAGAUUGCUCCUGUGAGGCAAUUAUUGAGUAUAACAAGAAGCAUGGAACGCAUUAUAGCAAUGUGUGUGUGCUAAAGGCCAACUCGGAGCCUCUUGCUCCUUGCAGGUACUACAUAACCUUUCAAGCAACUGAUAGAAAAAGGAAAGUGGAAACCUUCCAAGCAAGAGUCAACAUUUGUUUCGCUGAGUUUAGAACAGAUGUGAAGUUUGAGAAAGAGGUUGAGUUGGUCAGAAUUAAGACGGCCCCCAAAUUUUUUUGCUAUUCCUAGCCAACCUGAAGCUUUCUCCAGGUAUCUCUAGCUUUUGAUAUAUUAUAGUGUUUUAUACUCUCUAGUUUGUUUUUCCGUAGACGUAAUUCUGCAUAAAGUCUUUUGUAUCUGUGUCUUUUGAUAAUGUAAUUUAGUCGCUUUGAUACUGGAUUAUAAUUUAUG